AUGCAGAAGGUCAACCUGUUCCAGGUCAACAGCGCCGCCCUGGUCAACGUGCGCGACAAGCAGACCUUCGGCGACAAGAACAGCCUGGCGCGCCUGAGCGCGGGCGUGGUCGAGGGCAAGCUGCUCGAGAUGAAGGUCGACAAGGCGGCCGAGUCCGUCGCCCGCGUGGCGCGCGCCAGCAACGAGCCCACCCUGCGCCGCGCCAGCCAGGACCUGCAGCUCGUGCGCAACAGCGUCCGCCUCGCGCGCACCAGCCUGGGCGGCCAGGCCCCCAAGGAUGCCGAGGCCGGCGCCGGCGGCGCCGCGGCCGGCGCGGCCGAGAGCCUCGCGCGCAUGCAGCAGACCGUGGCCCAGAUCGAGAAGGCGCUGGAGACGUCGAGCCCCGAGGACAGGGCCGCGAUCCAGCAGCAGCUCGAUUCUGUGCGCGCGGUCGCGGAGCGCAUGGCCCAGAUCGACAAGCAGAUCCGCACCGAGGGGGCGCCCCAGUAG